UUUGAGAGAAUCAGCAUGCUGGUGAUUCUGCUCAACUGCAUCACACUCGGCAUGUUCCAGCCCUGCCAAGACCUGGAGUGCCACUCUGACAGGUGCAGCAUACUGCAGGCCUUCGAUGACUUCAUCUUUGCAUUCUUUGCUGUGGAGAUGGUGUUAAAAAUGGUAGCCUUGGGAGUAUUUGGUCCAAAAUGUUACCUUGGUGACACCUGGAACCGCCUUGACCUCUUUAUCGUCAUGGCUGGGAUGUUGGAGUAUUCUUUAGAUGGCCAUAAUGUUAGUUUCUCAGCCAUCAGAACCGUACGGGUUCUCCGACCUUUACGAGCCAUCAACAGAGUUCCCAGUAUGCGAAUCCUGGUGACAUUGCUGUUGGAUACUUUACCGAUGCUGGGAAACGUCUUGCUGCUUUGUUUCUUUGUGUUCUUCAUCUUCGGGAUUGUCGGCGUGCAGCUGUGGGCAGGGCUUCUCCGGAACCGCUGCUUCUUUGACAGCAACGUCAGAAAGCUGUAUAAUGUUUCAGAGUCUGUGAGCGAAUACUACAAACUGGAAGAAACAGACGACAUCCCCUUCAUUUGCUCCACCGCUCGGGAGAACGGAAUGUUGCACUGCUACAAUAUCCCCAAACGCAGAGUGGGAGGGGCUGAUUGUGAACUCACGCCUGCUGAUGUCACAGAUCUUGUUUAUAGAGAGCCCCCUCAUCAUGGAUGUGUAAACUGGAACUUGUAUUACAACAGCUGCGAAGCAAGCGAACACAAUCCCCAUAAUGGGGCUAUCAACUUUGACAACAUUGGAUAUGCAUGGAUUGCUAUCUUUCAGGUCAUCACCUUAGAGGGAUGGGUGGAUAUCAUGUAUUAUGUCAUGGAUGCACAUUCCUUUUACAACUUCAUCUAUUUCAUCUUCCUUAUCAUUGUAGGCUCCUUCUUCAUGAUCAACCUGUGCCUGGUCGUCAUAGCAACGCAGUUCUCCGAGACUAAACAACGUGAGAACCAGCUGAUGAAGGAGCAGCGAGCACGUUUCCGCAGUAACGAAUCCACCUUAGGUAGCUUGGCCGAACCAGGAUCCUGCUACGAAGAAAUGCUGAAAUACCUUGCCCAUAUUUGCCGUAAACUUUGUCGUCAUGCCGCACGUCUCUAUGGCGAAUUAUGCCCCAAGAGACGCAAGGGCGUGGCCAAACCCAGCAGCUCCCUCUCAGUGGGUGGGACUAAUGGAUAUUGGAGUGACAGUGGAACAAAGAUGGGUCCGACCCAAUACUGUAUGCUGCAUUAUCAUCACCCCCAUCAGCAUCAACAUUACCUCAGCAAUGGCAUAGAAAUGAAAACCCUUCAUCUUGACAGAGACGCUCAAAAUUCCAAAAAGACCCCAUCGCUCCCACUUGCACUACAAAAUUUAAAGGGAUUGAGGCUUGGUAUGAACUAUCCCACCAUCCUGCCCUCCAAAAUGUACACAAACUCACACACUCGCUCACACUCGACCAGUGGGGUCAAAGCACCAGCUUUCCAUCAUGGACACUAUGGCAGGAAGAUCUCAGUUUGUAGUGGAUACCAUGAUACUUACAAGUUGCAGCACGGUGUGUAUCCGGGCACAUGCUUGAGUGUAUGUGCAGACAGCAGGGUGGGGCUGGUGUCUUCAGAGUCAUCCUCCUGCCCAAUUUGUGCCCAGGAAAGCGACGGUGUUAAUUGCGACUCCAACGGUGAAUCGGACCCAGAGAAGCAGGGGCCAGAUGUCAGCUCGGAAGAGAGCAAAAGAAACCAAGAUAUGGAAGAAAAGGAGUCUAGGAAUGAGAACUGUGUGUGUAUGUGCCUUCAUUAUACCAGAGCCAUUUUGAGGCGUAUUGUGGACAGCAAGUACUUCAACAGAGGGAUAAUGAUAGCAAUCCUUAUCAAUACACUCAGCAUGGGUGUGGAGUACCAUGAACAGCCGGAUGAGUUGACAGACGUGCUGGAGAUCAGUAAUAUUGUCUUCACUAGUUUGUUUGCGUUAGAGAUGCUCCUGAAGCUUUCGGCCUGCGGUCUGUUCAACUACAUCAGCAACCCCUACAACAUCUUCGACGGGAUCAUCGUUAUCAUCAGUGUGUGUGAGAUCGUUGGACAAGCCGACGGAGGGUUUUCGGUUUUGCGGACGUUCCGUUUGCUCAGGGUACUAAAGCUGGUCCGGUUCCUCCCCGCUCUGCGCAGGCAGCUGGUUGUACUGAUGAAGACCAUGGACAAUGUGGCCACCUUCUGCAUGCUGCUGAUGCUCUUCAUCUUCAUCUUUAGUAUAUUGGGAAUGCAUCUGUUUGGGUGUAAGUUUACUCUACGUUUGGAGAAUGGAGACACGGUGUCUGAUAGGAAGAACUUUGACUCACUCCUCUGGGCCAUCGUCACCGUGUUCCAGAUUUUGACCCAGGAGGACUGGAAUGUGGUUCUGUAUAACGGCAUGGCCUCCACCUCCCCCUGGGCGGCUCUGUACUUUGUGGCCUUGAUGACCUUUGGGAAUUACGUCCUCUUCAACUUACUGGUUGCCAUCUUAGUAGAGGGCUUCCAAGCUGAGGGUGAUGCUAGCAGAUCAGACACUGAUGAUGACAUGUCGUCUGACUAUGGUGAUGAGGACAAACUGAGAGAACUACUGAAAUCAGGAUCAGAGAUAAAAAUGCACACAUUAAUGCCCAUCUCUAAUGGACACCUGGAACCUCGGGCAUCUAUGCCACCUCACAACACACACAUGCAACUCAACGCCACACCCAGAACUGAGGUGUCACACAUCUACAGCCAAUCACGGCGCAACAGCAACACUUCCACCGAACCACAUGACCAGAGGUCCCUGUCCAGCCUUUGGGGAAGUCGCCGCUCCAGUUGGAACAGCCUUGGCCACGCCCCCAGCCUAAUAAGGCGUGCUCAGUCAGGAGAGCGUGAGUCGCUGCUUUCUGGAACGGGACAGGACAGCAUGGAUGAAAACCAAUCAGAUGAUGGGAAAUCCAGCAGGACCGGCAGUCUGGGCGGAAUUUCAUGUCUAGGGUCGUUUGAUUUUCCAGAGCUCUUGCAGGUUCCACGCCCAUAUUUGGAGUGUAAUGGCAGAUUAGAUGGAGGUUAUCCAUCCUCUCCAAACAUUACACACCCCGAGCCAACAUCCACACAAGGGGCAGAUGAUGAUGAAUUUGAGGAGAGCUGGUGUCUCAUUUUGAAGAGGCUGUUGGAGCCGUAUAAACCCCAGUGGUGCAGUGACCAUGAGGAUUGGUCACUUUACUUAUUUUCCCCUCAUAAUAAGUUCCGUAUGCGCUGUCAGAAAGUCAUCACUCAUAAGAUGUUUGAUCAUAUUGUGCUGUUCUUCAUCUUUUUCAACUGCAUCACAAUCGCUCUAGAGAGACCCGACAUCCAGCCUGACAGCACGGAGCGGAUUUUUCUUAAAGUGUCCAACUACAUCUUCACUGUGAUCUUUGUGGCUGAGAUGACUGUGAAGGUGGUUUCUCUCGGGCUGUACGCUGGUCCAGGCUCGUACCUGAAGAGCAGCUGGAAUGUUCUAGACGGCCUGCUGGUAUUUGUGUCUAUGGUGGACAUCCUGGUCUCACUCGCCUCCUCUGGCGGGAACAGAAUUCUGGGUAUAUUACGAGUACUUCGACUGCUCAGAACACUGAGACCCUUAAGGGUCAUAAGCAGGGCCCCCGGACUGAAGCUGGUUGUUGAAACGUUGAUCACAUCUCUCAGACCUAUUGGAAAUAUUGUGUUGAUCUGUUGCGCUUUCUUCAUUGUCUUUGGCAUUCUGGGAGUUCAGCUCUUUAAGGGGAAGUUUUAUCAUUGUGAAGGCUUUGACACUAGAAACAUCACCAAUAAAUCAGAGUGCCUGCAUGCUAAUUACAAAUGGGUUCGUAGGAAGUACAACUUCGAUAACCUGGGUCAGGCACUGAUGUCAUUAUUUGUCCUGUCAUCUAAAGACGGCUGGGUCAACAUCAUGUACGAUGGCUUAGAUGCCGUGGCUGUGGACCAACAGCCCGUAAGGAAUCAUAAUCCCUGGAUGCUUCUGUACUUCAUCUCCUUCCUGCUGAUCGUCAGCUUCUUCGUGCUCAACAUGUUUGUAGGUGUGGUGGUCGAGAACUUCCACAAGUGUAGACAAGACCAGGAGGAAGAGGAGGCCAGACUGAGAGAGGAAAAAAGAAAGAAGCGCAUGGAGAAGAAACGCAGGAAGGCCCUGCAGAGACCGUACUAUGCAGACUACUCUCCAACACGCCUCUAUAUUCACACGCUCUGCACUAGUCAUUAUCUGGAUCUCUUCAUCACCAUCAUCAUCGCCAUUAAUGUCCUCACAAUGUCAAUGGAGCACUACAGACAACCCAAGUAUCUUGAUGAAGGUCUGAAGUACUGUAACUAUAUCUUCACGCUGGUCUUUGUGUUCGAGGCUGUGCUGAAACUGGUUGCCUUUGGCUUUAGGAGAUUUUUCAAAGAGAGGUGGAAUCAGUUAGACUUGGCAAUUGUUCUUCUCUCCAUCAUGGGCAUCACACUUGAGGAAAUUGACCUGAAUGCCUCUCUACCCAUCAACCCCACUAUUAUACGCAUCAUGAGAGUGCUACGCAUUGCCAGAGUGUUGAAGCUGUUGAAGAUGGCCACAGGAAUGAGAUCUCUUCUGGAUACAGUAGUUCAAGCUUUACCACAGGUUGGUAAUCUGGGUCUGCUUUUUAUGCUGCUGUUCUUCAUCUAUGCGGCACUGGGAGUUGAACUCUUUGGCAAACUUGAAUGCACUGAGGAGACCCCGUGUGAGGGUUUGAGCAGACACGCUACAUUUCAGAACUUCGGUAUGGCAUUCCUCACUCUAUUCCGUGUUUCCACGGGUGACAACUGGAACGGAAUCAUGAAGGAUACCCUGCGGGAAUGUAAAAAUGACAAAUGUCUGAGUUACCUUCCGCUUUUGUCGCCUCUGUACUUUGUGACAUUUGUGCUGGUAGCACAGUUUGUGCUGGUGAAUGUUGUGGUCGCUGUGCUCAUGAAACAUUUAGAGGAGAGUAACAAAGAUGCCCGUGAGGAGGCCGAGAUGGAGGCGGAGUUGAAGGAGGAGCUCCAGGCCAGUCGUAGACAAAGCACCGCCUCUAUGGGCGGAGUCAUUGGGCUUGAGGGUACAGCUGUUAAAAUGGAGUCUCUCUCACAUGAACAGGGCAAAGACCCCAAUUACGGCAACUUCCUGACAGUUGGGAGGCCGUCUAUAUCACGGAUGCUGUCCUUACCUAAUGAUAGUUACAUGCUGUAUCCUGUUAAGCCUGUAUAUGGAUCCAUGCAUGAGAGAUUCUCCAGAGAGGACUCUACACUACCAGGCUCCUCUCUCUCACUCGGCACCCAGCCCUGUGAAGAUAAUGCCAUAAUGCAGGUUCCAGGAACUGCAUCUCAGACAAGCCUGGCCUCCAUUCCUGCUCCCCACCCUCUAAAUCAAAGAGCGAGAUCUAGCAAUGCCUUCAGGGCUCUGCAGAGACAGCAAGCAAUAAAGAGCGACUCCAUUGAUUCCACAAACGCUGACUCCAGAGACACCUUACAUAUCCCAAGCAAGCCCUCCUCCAGUGAUAAUCUUCUUCUCAAAGUACCCAUCAUGCCCCUCACCAGUGGAUCUGCCCCCUGUUCCCCCCAGGCCUCACCUCCCCCUCCCCUCCGCAGCCGGACAGCGAGCGUACAAACAAACAGACACGUGUACAGCCAGCGCAGCAUCCCCUGCCGACAGACCGCGUACCAUACGCAAUCCAUAAAAUCUCUGGAAAUAAUGCACGCAAAUGCACAGACCAAACUACGGGAUUCGGACGGUCCUGACGAGGCGGUCCGACUCAACCCGAACAUCACCCAAAGAAGAGCCUCUCGCUGUGGGGGACACAGCCACAGUUUGUCCCCUUGCGACCCAUCUUUCUGUUCUGACAGCCAGUCUCAGGACUCAUUGCACAGUGGGGCGGCCCGUCAACCGGAUACCAGUGCUCAUAGUCUACGGAAGUACAACAGUAUGGAAAAUAACGGCUUCCUGUCUCAGCUUCACAUCCCUCGCCGUCACUCAACGCACGGAGAGGAGUUACUUCUUCAGCAGCAGACAAUUUCACCAUCACCUGGACCUUCUCCAACACCCAAGAAGGAGAAAAUGAGCCCGCCGUGCAUCUCCAUCGACCCUCCCACCGAUGCGGAUUUUCCGUGUCCAGGGGUCAGUCAGGAGCGCAGCACAGUCCUAAGGCGGCGGACCCCAUCGUUUGACUCCGCACUACCACGGGAGUCCUUAGAUCUUCCUGACGUGCAGGACGAACCUAUUUUGCCGAGUCAUUUGCCCCUCCCACAGUUCUCUUUUGACCAAUCGGAUGUAAGUUCCCUGAGUAGCCUGUCGGAACUGCUUUCAGAUAGUGACCAGUCGACGCACUCCUUCCCUCCUGAGGCCCGGUCGGGGCUUGUGGGAGAAGCAGGUCAGAGUCCACUCAGGAAGAAGGUAUUGGUCAGAAUGGUCAGCACUAGGGAUCCAGCAAAUGAGGAUUCGGUUGCCUAGGCAAACGAGCAGGAAGACAAUUACGCAUUCCGCCUCUUUAUAAAGCAUUUUAAUUACAGGAAGAGGCGGUGUCGGCAAAAGUAUGCAAAUGUGUUUCUGAUGGAACUGAUCUUUUUUUGCCUGAUCAUAUUGAUUAGGGAACUUUUGCUAGUGUUCAUCAUCACACACACAUUGAUAUUGUGACAUUUUAUGUGAAUUCAUAUGAAAAUCCAUCACAGAACCAUGUUGCAUCGUGGCAUAUAAUUACUGCACAUGACGGUCCGAUUUUAACCCUCAUAUUUUGUUUGGGGUCUGACAGGUUGAUCAUUUAAUUGCUCAAAAAGUGUCAUUUAAAUUAACCCUGUAAAGUCUGACAUAUGAAAUAAUAGUAAAAAAAAAAAAAAAAAAAAAAAAAGAUUUUGAAAUGGAUCACUUUAUUGAACCUUUAGACAAAAUAUUUUUAAAAAUCUGCAAAAAAAAAGUUUGAUAAUGUAUUUUGUUGAGUAUCAUAUUUUAUACAUCAGGCUUUUAUGGCUCAUAUUGCAUGAUAUAGAAAAAUGGAGGGGAAAAAACACCUUAAUUUUAUUCAGAGGCAGUGAAAAUAUGCAAUUUGGUGCAGUUGCAGAUAUUUAUAAGGCUAAAAAGUAAAUUGAAAUUAUGAUAGCUUGUAAUUUAAGUCAAUAAGAUUAUAGCAGACUAUUCACACAAAUAUCAGUUGUCACUCUGUGUCUCCCAAUAAUAUCUUCGUAAGAUGUUUAUGAUCAAAGCACUGGACUUUUUAUUGUGGAAGCAAAACAUAUAAUGCAGUGCAAUACAACACUCUGAAGAAUGCUGGGUUGGAAAUGGACAAACUCAGCAACUGGGUUGUUUUAACCCAGCGGUUGGGUUAAAUGUUUGCCCAUCCUGCUGAGUAGUUUUAUUUAACUCAAGUAUUGUGUAAAAAUUACUGUAUUGCAUGCUUAAA